UGCUAUUAACAUGUUCUAAAAUGGCGGCUCCCUCGUUUGAUUUCGUGAGCGCUCGGCAGACGUUUUGUGAAGGCAUAGAGCAAGCUUUUUUAAGUCCUGGGACAGAAAAGCUGAAACAACAAUCCAGCACUGUGGAUGGAAGUGAGGCUGAAAAGAAGGUUGCCUUGGAUCAAGCUUUUCGUGAUGUCAUGGUGAAUUUAGUGGUCAAAGACAGCGACUGUCAACAUUUCACUUCCCUCAUCAACCUCUCCAUUGAAGCAGUGCAUCUUGGGAUAUGUUCCCCAGCCACUCCAUUCCUCCUGUUGACAGAUGUAUUUGAGUCAGUCCCCAUCAGUGUUUGCGACACAGUCUUCAGAUUUGUUGAGGAGCGAGUCGACACCUGGAAAUCAAAUGUGCUUUAUACGUCUGGCAAGAAUUUCCUCCUUCGAAUGUGCAAUGAUUUGCUGCGCAGACUUUCCAAGUCCCAAAACACAGUGUUCUGUGGCCGCAUCCAGUUGUUUCUGGCAAGGUUUUUUCCACUCGAUGAAAAAUCAGGGUUGAACCUCAUGAGUCAGUUCCACUUAGAAAACAUCACAUCCUUCAACACGGAACCUCUCGACGGACCUCUGAGAUCGGAGGACAAAGAUGACACCAUGGAGGUCGAGGAAGGAGAGAUGGCAUCUAGUUCUUCACCCAUCGAUUACCUCCUCUAUCGCAAAUUCUGGGCCUUACAAGAUUACUUCCGCAACCCCACCCAGUGCUACAUCAAGGACAAGUGGCGCUUAUUCCAAAGGAAUGCCAGAGCUGUCUUGGGAGCAUUCAGCAGCUUGAAGCUCGACGACAUCACUGCAUCCAAGACACAAGAUGAGACACCCACUGGGAAACAAGUCUUCUUUGCCAAAUAUCUCACCAGUGAGAAACUCUAUGACCUUCAACUGAACGAUGUCUCAUUCAGACGCUACGUUCUUCUGCAGUUUCUCAUCUUGUUUCAGUAUCUCAACCAGCAUGUCAAAUUCAAAGGGGCUCAGCAGGUGCUCACUGAUGACAUGUCCCAAUUCAUUAAGACCACCACUGAGACUGUCUAUGACCUCCUGAAGGAGACAUCUCCAGGAGGAGAGGAAUUUGCCAAGACCAUCCAGCACAUCUUGAGUAGAGAGGAGCACUGGAACACAUGGAAGAAUGAAGGCUGUCCGAGUUACAUCCGAGAGAAGCCUGAUUCUGCUCAAGCACAGCCCAAACCAAGGGCAAGGAAGCGCAGUCUGGGGGAGGAGCUGAGAAUCAACGCCCCCAAUAAGAAGAUUGACAUGGGAAGCCCUGAGCUGACUAGGCUAUGGAACAUCUGCCCUGACAACCUAGAGGCAUGCCGGGCUGAGAACAGGAUCUUCAUACCAUCUCUGGAGGAGUAUUUUGAGGAAGCAAUUGAGCAAGCUGACCCUGGCGCCAUGAUAGAACCAGAGUACAAAGUUGUGAAUAACAGCAACUUUGCCUGGUGUGCUCUGCGGCUCUUGGCCAGGCGUAGCCCCUACUUCUUCCAGACUAUCACCAGCUCCCAGCCACCUGUCAAGUCUGUGCCGGCAUACCUGGAGCUGAUGGUCACCAAACUGGCCAAGGAUAUGCCUCAACCUACAGUGGAAGAGUUGAAGACGGAAGCUGUAGUGGAGGAAAAUGACGACUUGCUGAAAGGAGGAGAAGAAGGUCUUGAAAAAUCCAACAUCCUCUUGGUGGAAGAGGUGGAGGCAGUGUCUGCCCGCCUUGGCGAAAACUGGAAGACGCUGGCCUCCGAGCUUAACUUCACGGAUGAGGAGAUCGGUAGCAUACAGACAGAAAACCUUGAGAUCCGUGAGCAGGCCAAUGCCAUGAUGGGAGCAUGGCUCGGCAGGGAAGGGGAACAGGCCACACGUGACGAGCUCAUAGGAGCAUUACUGGAAAGUGGACUCAAUGACAUCGUAGAGUCAGUGCUGACAGACAACGGAAAAAAGGAUGAUUAAGACUGUUUAGUUUCCUCAUCCGAGAAGUCGGAGACAGUGUCAGUGACAUUUUUUUAAUGUUUACCUGGCACUUAUUGUAUAAUGUCUCUUUCCAUAUUUCUUGUGUGUCUUGUCACUUGUUUCUAACGGCAAAUCUUCCUCAUCUGUUUGUUAGCUCGCUGAAUAAGUUUUGUCAUAUGUAACGAAUAGUUCAAAGUGAAAUUCUGAAUUCCUGCUUUUACCGUACUGCCAGGCAUCACUUCUAGGUUUCUUCUUCAGGAAUGGCAAAUGGUAUCUUUGUAAAAAAAUGUAAAUGAAAAACUUAGAUCCUUACGAUAUUGCUUGAGUGGUCAAGUGUUUCUAAACAGUAUCAAAUCUUUUUUGGCUGAAAAAAAACCCUACAUCCCAGCCCCCAACUUUAUUUACAUGUAUUGAACUUCAAUCCUACACUUGUUUUACCGUGCAUUUUACCGUGCAUUGACCCCAUUUCCUACUGUUUUUAUCUCUUCAAAGGCAGGCGGUAUUAAUUAAACUUCAGCAGUUAUACUGCAUUUACAUGUUCACUAUUUUUUUUCUAUACAAGAAAUUCUAAAAGUAAGUUGUUUUGUAGUUGGUUUUGACUAAAAUUCUCCUAAAGAAUAGGCUUAAUUAGUCAAAUACAUUGCAAAAACUGCAUGGGGUGUUAAAAAUUAACACUCCUGGUGUUAUGAGAACUCUACACCAACACUUUUCAUUGGUAUUAAAAAUUUGAUGUUACUUUUAACACCCUCCGGUGCACUGUCACACUUAUAGGUGUACAAAGUUACACCAGUGGUGUUAGAGUAACACCCUGUGGUGUGGUCAUCUGAUGACACCAAACAGUGUUGAUUUUAACACCAUGGUUUUUGCAGUGUAGAACUCAGACUUUGUACUUUCUGACUACCUGAAGUUCAAGUCGAGGGUUAGCCACAUUUUUUUGUUAUUGGCCUUCCCCGAAAAUACGCCGCACUUUUUGUCAAACUAUUGGCUCCUUCAAUUUAGCCGCCCACCUCUGUGCAAAAUAAGACCACGAGUUGGAGGUUUUUGUGGGCAAAAUAUAGUGAGUUGGAAUAUAAAAGUCCCAAAUUCGUGAUUUACAUAA